CAUAGCCCAUAAGCACUGAAGACCGAACUAGGAACUUUCAAGCUGGCGGUCCAGGCAUGUGGUGCACCCGCCAAGGCGUUGACUCCGCAUGCUAAUUUCGGCUGUGUUCGUGCGAUGAACGGUUUACCAGCAUCGUGGCCAAUGGUGAGCCAGACAUGGCAUGGAAAGCUGUCCCAGGAGGCCAAGGUCCAGAGCAAGCUCGCGCUUAUAACUCUACUUCGUCUUGCCCUUUCCCCCUUCUCGAGAUAUUCUUCGUGUCAUCCCUCUCUAUCUGCUUUGCGGGGAUCAUCCAAGCAGCGGACUUUUGUCUGCGUCCUUUCUUUGAACCAAUCCGUCCUUCGUUUCCACUGGUUUGAGCGGCUCUCUUGUCUCCACCAGUCGACAUUCUUUCACCAUGGUGUCCCAACUUGUCACCGUUCUCGCUGCUCUAUCAGCUGUCACUCCUUUGGUCUCUGCUUUCGAUCCUCAAUCGAAGUCGAAUGUUGCUGUCUACUAUGGCCAAGGAACCGAUCAGCAACGUCUGAGCCAUUUCUGCCAAGAUACCUCCUUGGAUAUCAUCAACCUUGGUUUCGUCAAUAUCUUUCCUGACCAAGGCGUUGCCGGUUGGCCAGGAAGCAAUUUCGGCAAUCAGUGCGAUGGCACCUACUACACGGUUGGCAACCUAACAACGGAGCUUCUCAAAGGUUGCCACCAGCUAGUGGAAGACAUUCCUAUCUGCCAGGCUGCGGGCAAGAAAGUGUUCCUGUCUUUGGGUGGUGCUUAUCCCGCCACUCAGCAAAUCUUAUCGGAGGACUCUGCCAAUAAUUUCGCCGACUUCCUAUGGGGUGCCUUUGGCCCCAAGACCGACGAUUGGGUGUCCAACAAUGGUCCUCGCCCUUUUGGUGAUGUUGUCGUGGAUGGUUUCGACUUUGACAUUGAGCACAAUGGCAAUUACGGUUACGCAACAAUGGUCAACCGACUGAGAUAUCACUACUCCUUACAGCAAGGUCGUACCUUCUACAUUUCGGGUGCGCCUCAAUGCUCGAUACCUGACCUGCAGCUUGACAACGCGAUUGCCAACUCCCACUUCGACUUCAUUUGGGUGCAGUUCUAUAACACUCAGGGCUGCUCCGCCCGUGACUAUGUCGAAGGCACGGUGGAUGGUUUCAACUUUGACAAAUGGGUGGAUGUCAUUAAAGCAGGAGGUAACCCGGACGCUAAGCUCUAUGUCGGAUUGCCUGCCAGCUCGAGUGCCGCCGCCAGCCCUGACUAUUACAUCACCCCCGUGGAGGCCUAUUUGCUGGUUGCCGAGUAUAUGGCGCGCUUUCCGGAUACCUUCGGUGGAAUCAUGGUUUGGGAAGCGACGUAUUCGGACGAGAAUAAAUUCGGCGACGAAUCUUUCGCCGACGUGAUGAAGCAAAUUCUCGUGACUCUCGACCCUACUCCUCCUCAGACAAUCACUGUUCUGCCCUCUAGCAGUGCACCUACGCCAUCACCCUCCUAUACUGCCACAAGUACACCCGCGGUGCCCACCCUUUCUGUCUCGUCUACUGCUUCCACUGUGCCUACUUCGUCGGCUGUGUCGACUCCUUCGGCUGUGUCGACUCCUUCGGCUGUGUCGACUCCUUCGGCAGUGUCGACUCCUUCGGCAGUGUCGACUCCUUCGGCUGUGUCGACUCCUUCGGCAGUGUCGACUCCUUCGGCUGUGUCGACUCCUUCGGCUGUGUCGACUCCUUCGGCUGUGUCGACUCCUUCGGCUGUGUCGACUCCUUCGGCACCGUGGUCUCUAAACCGUCUACGAUCUCUAGCCAGUCUGCGAUCUCAAGCCCUCCUGCGGUGUCUACUCCUUCUGUGGUGUCUAACACUGUUGGCUCGGGAUCUUCUGCCCCGUCGAGCAUUGCUUCCGUUGUUUCGAGCUCAUCUGCGGUGUCAAGCAGCCCUGUGGUGUCCAGUGCUUCUGUGGUAACAAGCAGCUCUGUUGUUGCCAGCAUAGGCGUGAGCACCCCUGUGGUGUCGGUCAGUUCUGUGGUGCCUAGCUCUUCCGUGGUCUCUGCUCCACCUACAGUAUCAGGUUCUUCGGGUUCAGCCAGCUCCCCUGUGGUGCCCAACACUCCCUUGACACCUAGCUCUUCUGUGGCUGCCAGCUCCCCUGUGGUCUCCAGCUCCCCGAUCACCUCUAUUAC